AUGGACGCCCUAUACCCCAGCGAAUCCUGUCCCCGGAAAGCCCCGGCCGAGAAGCGUCGAUGGAACUACGAUGAGGAAAGCCAACUCAUCCGUCUCAUUGAGGUAGAGACAAUGACUUAUGAACAAGCAGCGCAGGUUCUCAAUCGUACCGCACAUGCUACUCAGCAUCGUUACGCCAUGAUCCGACAAAGAGACGUGAGCGCCACCAUAAACUGGACUCCCGAACUCGAUGCCGCUGUGAUCGACGGCCACCGCCGUAUGCAGAAGCCCAAGGCUAUCUCGCGCGAGAUGAACGUCCCGAUUGAAGCGAUACAAUCUAGAUGGCAAGCCCUCAAGGCCAUGAAAAGAGUACCGCAAGAUGUGAUCGAUCUACAGCGGCGCAAAAAGUUUUGUGAUUUCACUCCGGAAGAUGACGAAGCGAUUCUACGUUUGGAAAAGUCAGACGGAGGUAAUAAACAGAAGAAGGAAGUUGGUCGCUGA